UCCUAUAUAAGGUGGGGCAAGGCUGGGCGGGGGCGGUGCCCCUGUCCGAGUCCCGCGGUCGCCGGUUGCGUCCCGCUCUGCUUUCCGCUGCGGCGCCGCCCGCUCGGCCCGCUCCGCCGGGAGCCCGGCCGGCCGCGGGGAUGGGUGACAUGGAAUCCUACAAGGUGAUGCUGAAUGGGCCGGCACCCUGGGGCUUCAGGCUGCAGGGAGGGAAGGAUUUCAGCAUGCCGCUCUCGAUCUCCAGGCUGACGCCGGGUGGGAAGGCAGCCCAGGCCGGCGUGGGAGUGGGCGACUGGGUGCUGUACAUCGAUGGGGAGAGCACCAGCUCCAUGACACACAUCGAGGCCCAGAACAGGAUCCGUGCCUGCGGGGACAGGCUCUGCCUCACCCUGAACAGAGCCCAGAACCACCUGGGGAAGCCGCAGAAGGACUCGCUCCCCUGCUCUGAACCCCUGAAAUAUAACUUCGCUCCCAGCACUGCCCUCAACAAAACAGCUCGGCCUUUCGGCUGGCUCACCUCCGAACCCACGGCCCGGGCUGGUGACGAAACCCGUGACGUACACACCCCUGGUGCCUGCCUGCACCCCCCAGCACAAUGGGUGCUGAGCCUUGACAAGCAGCCCCUGCAGCCGCUGGAGCCCCCCAGCACCCCUGUGUGCGACCCUGUGAAGUUGCAGCUGAUAGAGGACGCUGAGGACUGGCAGCCCCGCACUGGGACCUCCCAGUCCCGCUCCUUCCGCAAACUGGCCCAGCUGAUGGGCACAGACAGCAUGGAGGAUCGAGAGGAUGAGCUUGUUAAAAAGCCCAGAGCCAAGCUGUUGAUGGAGCCACAGAGCCCACGCUGUGCUUACCCCAUGACAGGCACCACCAGCACUCAGUCACUCCAGAGCUGGUCUGGCAAGGGGGUUGGGGUGUGUGAGGGCACCUUUGCGAUUGCUGUCCUGUGCUGCAGUGCCAGGCAGGGUCCGUGCAGACUGCUGGCUGAGCGCCUGCCCUCUGUCACUCGCAGGCAGCCUCCACAACUGCUGGAGCCCCCCAGCACCCCUGUGUGUGACCCUGGGAAGUUGCGAAUGAUAGAGGAUGCUGAGAACUGGCAGCCCCGCACUGGGACCUCCCAGUCCCGCUCCUUCCGCAAACUGGCCCAGCUGAUGGGCACAGACAGCAGUAAGUUCGCACAGGGCUGUCUGGCUGCCAUGGGGUUGGAGGAUCAAGAGGAUGAGCUUGCUAAAAAGCCCAGAGAUCGCUGUCCUGAUCCAAAGCAGGGUCCAUGCAUGGUGCUGGCUGAGUACCUGCCCUCUGUCACUCGCAGGCAGCCCCCACGACUGCUGGAGCCCCCCGGUACCCCUGUGUGCGACCCUGGGAAGUUGCAGCUGAUAGAGGAUGCUGAGGACUGGCAGCCCCGCACUGGGACCUCCCAGUCCUGCUCCUUCCGCAAACUGGCCCAGCUGAUGGGCACAGACAGCAUGGAGGAUCGAGAGGAUGAGCUUGUUAAAAAGCCCAGGUGGCACCUUUGGGAUUGCUGCCCUGUUUCAAAGCAGGAUCCAUGCAUGGUGCCAGCUGAGUGCCUGCCCUCUGUCACUUGCAGGCAGCGCCUGCAGCUGCUGGAGCUCCCCAGCACCCCUGUGUGCAACCCCAGGAAGUUGCAGCUGAUAGAAGAUGCUGAGGACUGGCAGCCCCACACUGAGACAUCCCAGUCCCGCUCCCUCUGUAAACUGGCCCAGCUGAUGGGCACAGACAGCAUGGACGUUCAUGAUGAUGUGUUUGUUGAAAAGCCCAGCCAGGUCUCUGUGCUGGACCCGUCCCCAGGAGCAGCAAUGAAGACAGAGCCAGGACUGGCCCCCAGGACCCCUGCUGCCACCCCUGGCCCUGCCAGCCGCCCACCCUGGGCUGUGGACCCCUCAUUUGCUGAGCGCUAUGCCCCAGACAAGACGAGCACGGUGGUGAGCAAGCACAGCCAGCCAGCCACACCGACCCCCAUGCAGAACCGCAGCUCCAUCGUGCAGGCGGCGCAGCAGGCCCCUGAAGGGCCUGGCCGCACACCCCUCUGCUACAAGUGCAACAAGGUCAUCAGGGGACGCUACCUGGUGGCGCUGGGACAUUACUACCACCCCGAGGAGUUCACCUGCUGCCAGUGCAGGAAGGUGCUGGAUGAGGGCGGAUUCUUUGAGGAGAAAGGCUCCAUCUUCUGCCCAAAGUGCUAUGACACGCGCUAUGCGCCCAGCUGCGCCAAGUGCAAGAAGAAGAUCGCUGGGGAGGUCAUGCAUGCGCUGAAGAUGACCUGGCACGUGCAGUGCUUCACCUGUGCUGCCUGCAAAACUCCCAUCCGCAACCGUGCCUUCUACAUGGAGGAGGGACAACCCUACUGUGAGAGAGACUACGAGAAGAUGUUUGGCACCAAGUGCCGUGGCUGCGACUUCAAGAUUGACGCUGGGGACCGGUUCCUGGAGGCGCUGGGGUUCAGCUGGCAUGACACUUGCUUUGUCUGUGCGAUCUGCCAGACCAACCUGGAAGGGAAGACUUUCUACUCCAAGAAGGACAAGCCGCUCUGCAAAAGCCAUGCUUUCUCCCAUGUGUGAGGGGUGGGAGUUCAGCUGUGCCUACACGUGCCCCUGGCCCUGCAUGCUCCUCUCCCCCUAGCCCCCGCUGCCCCCAGGGAGCCAGGCUGGGCCCUCACCCCAUUCCCCUUGCUCCUGCCUCUUUCAUAGCAGCUCCUAGCCCGGCUCCAGCCGGAGGUGGUGCUGGGCUUGAAGCCCCUUUAUACCUGGGUGGCUGCUUCUGUGCCCUCUGGCUGGCCCUAGGAAGGGGAUGCUGCAUGGGUCUCCUGCCCCCGAGCCAUACAGUGUGGUAGCCACAGCUGUGCUGAGACUGGGGUUGGAGAGGGUCCAGCACAGUAGGGCUGUUCCCUUGCUCACCUGGGGCCCCGUUGCCUGGCAGCUCAGCACCGGGUCAGGGACUCUCCUAGCACAUCCCUGAGCAGGUGAGGACCAGCUCCCCAGCCCCCUGCCAAGCUCCCCCUGCCUUCCCUGCUGCAUGCUUAGUGCAUGAGGCUGGAGCCCCAGCCCUGCUCCCCUGCCAGGGCCCAGCCCACAGCCACUCCCUGGCCACUCUGCAAACUGCUGUGGUGGCUUCCUACCCUGGCUGCAUGCUGGUGGGGGUCUGUGCCUAGUGUUCCCCUACCCAGUUGGCCUGUUGCUCUCCGGGGGCUGGUGUGCAGCAGCACCCCCAGCCCAACCGUGCUGGGAAGCAGGGCAGCAUGCCAAGCCUGCCUCAGCCGCAGGCUGGUAGUGUGUGUUGAUGGCCAGCCAGCCAGUGGGCUCUCGCAGGGCUUGGGAAUGGCUUCCUACCAAAAAGCGCCUGCCACCAUCGUCCCAGGCCUGUAAAUGCCUCUCCCAAACCCACACUCUCCGGUUGGACUGCCGCUGAUGUAGCCAUGGUGCUUUUAGUGCCUUUAAUAAACACUUCUCUGCAAGUGC